UCCAUGUUUCGUCUUAUGUCUUCUCGCUCUCGACAAAUCUCCCAGCACCUCAACAGACCACACAACUUCCACGCUUCAGCACGCAAAAUGGUUCAAGUCGGCGACGCAGUUCCCUCGGUUGACCUCUUUGAGGCCAAACCUGGCGCCAAGGUCGACCUCUCCAAGGAGUUGGCUUCCGGCAAAGGCGUCAUCGUCGGUGUCCCGGCUGCCUUCAGCCCUGGCUGCUCCAACCACCACAUUCCUGGCUACAUCAACAGCAAAAAACUCGCCGACGCCGGCAAAGUCUUCGUCAUCUCCGUCAACGACCCCUUCGUCAUGGGCGCCUGGGCCGAGUCCCUCGACGCCGACAAGAAGUCCGGCAUCCGCUUCCUCGCCGACCCGCACGCCGAAUUCAACAAGAAACUCGACACUCUCUUCGACUCGGCCGCCGUCUUCGGCCAGGACCGCUCGAAGCGCUAUGCGCUCGUGACGGAGGAUGGAAAGGUCAAGUCGGUGCACAUUGAGCCGGAUAACACUGGUGUCAACGAGUCGGCUGCUGAGAAGGUAUUCGCUUAGAUGCGGUCACUGUCUGGUAUCGAGGUGGCUAUGACUCUGGAAGGAUGUAAACGAACGAUGGACUCAAGAACCGUGCAGGAGGAAGUCCGGACGCUCACAGUAGAAGGAUAGCAGAGAAUCAAAGUCUGACUGUCUUUUCGCG